UAUUGAUCAAACAUAGUAUAUGAAGUGCUCUACUUCUCGUAAUGGAAUGGAGUUAACAAAUUCCGAUACAUCGCGUUUUUAGUUGUUAAUAUACAGUCACAGUCAUCGGUGCAAAAAGCGGAAGUUGAAGUUUCAAAAUUUUCAUUUUUUUGGAACGAUAUAGUUUUGCGCUUAUGUUCUAACUCAUCCACGAAUAUCCACGUAACAAAAUGUGUUCAAAUCAAUCGAUCGUAACAUAUCAAAAGCCUCUGCAGCAUGUCGGCUUAAAUGAUUGGCACGCAAGAAUAAAUAAAUUGAGAAAUGUGGCCGAUUCCUACCGAAAUGACUCAUACGAUCUGAGACACUGCGCUCGCAGUCUAAGAAAUGAAACUAAAGUGCAAACUGAGUGGGAUACGUACCAGAACAACGCCAGAUUGUCCGAUCGUAUCGCUGAAUUGGACCGAUGGCGCAUCACAAUGGAACACUGUAUGGGUCGCAUUGAGAACGAGAUCGAGUCGUUGAAAAAUGAGAAAGAUGCCACCGAACAGGACAUGGAAGCAAUGGUGACACCGUUGACCGUGGUGUCGGAAUGUUUGACCACACGUGAUAGCCGUUUGGAGCCCGAAUUGACGUACGAUGAUGUUGACAUUGAAUUGCAGAGGGAAUUGUCGGUCGUUGAGAAUAAUCAGAAAAUGUUGCGGGAGCAGUGUCACAAUGCGUGGAAUGCAUUGAAUCGUUUAGCCGAAACACGGUUCAAAGUUGGCGAGGAAAUCUCCAAUAAAACGGCAGCCCAAGAAUUGGAUCUUCAACAGUUGGGUUUGAAUAAGCAGUGCUCGAACAUCAGUUAUAAACCGGAUCCGCUAAGGAUCCUUAAGAACUCAUCCACCUACGAGGGUUGGUUGGAAAAUUCGCGCAACAUCAAACGGAUCGCCGACAAUGAAUUGGAAGAUGUGUACGCAAUGCGAGAGUCGUUGUUCGUUAGCCGUGAGAAGGCAAAAAAUAUUCUGUCAGCCCAACAGGACCGUACCGAGCACACGCUCCGCAAACGAAUAUUUGAGACUCAACGGGCCCGGAACGAAUUGGAAUGGCAACAAUUGAAAAUGAAGGAGGAGAUGGACAGAUGCAUGAACGAAAUUCUCCAGUUGGAAGACGCGUACCGGGCGAAAGCCGACGUUCUGAAGCUGGCUGAAACGCGUCUAGAAAAUCGAACAGCCCGUUCCGGAAUGGAAUUGUGCAAUGACGAACCGCAUCACGGGCUGUGCGAUGAGGUGAAAAAGUUGCGCGAGACACGUCGCAUAUUGUUGGAACAAUUGAACAGCGCCAAGACGACGUAUAACACGUUGGAAAGUCAUUCCAAUCGAAUUGAAACCGAUUUGAACAACAAAAACCACACGCUGAUGACCGACAUUCGGGGCUUGGAUUUGCGUGUGCGAUUGAAAGGUGGCAAAAAGCUUGACACCCAAACCGAUCGUAACAUUCAACUGACCAAAAUGGAGGACCAGAUUCCGCGUAAUUAAAUUCCUUUGUUUGUUUGCUGCUUG